AUGGAAUAUGAUGAUGAGAAGUGCUUAAUUGGAUUUUUAAACACAUUCCCUGGUAUUGCAGAGCUUAAUUUACAGACAUCUGUUGAUCUUUUAAUAACAAAAGCUAUUCCAUUAAUUUGGAAUCAGAUUAGUCCCUCAAAAAUAGAUAUUGAUAAGCUUGAAGUACCUAAGAAUGAUACAGAUUGGUUUUCUAUUUUCAAAAAUCUUCGUGCAUACGAGCAAGUUAUAGCUCCUGCGAUUCAAGACAAAAACAUUCGAACAAAACCAGACUUACCAUCUCUUUCGCGUAAUAGAAAUCAAGCAUAUAUAAUCAACUAUGUCAACCCAUUGAUAUAUGUCGCAAUGAGAUCGGAAAUGAAGCCAACAGUCGUUGCAAAUAUCAAACAAUUACCAAAAGAAAUUCAAACAUAUUUAAUGAAGUAUUUGAAGUGGACACAGCAACAGGAAGCUAACCAGCAGGCUCCAGCACCUGCAGUUUCUUCAGCUCAGUCAACUGCGCCAUCUACACCAGAAAAGGCUCCAUUAGCUGAUAAUCAGAAGAUAAUUGCAGAAAAGCAAGCGAGAAUUGCCUUACUAAAAUCCGAAAUUUCGGCUUCAGAAUCAAAAUUAUCUCAAUUAAAGCAACAACUCGCAGAUAAGUCAUCAAAUCAGUCAGAAGACAAGAACUCAGCUAUUAUAGAUAACAUUGAAACACUUAUUUCUAAAACAGUAAGUGAAAAAGCUCAAUUUAAAGAACAAUUAAAUCAAAAACGCUCAGAACUCGAAGAAACCAAAAUUGAACUUGCAAAGAUGACAGGAAUUGUAGAAGUCUUAUCAAAACUACGCAAUAAAUCAGAAAACAACGAAGUAUCUUCCGAAAAACUUACCGAAGACUACAACAAGCUCAAAGAGGCUAUUGAGAAGCGCCCAGAGCUAUACAAGAAUAUUGCAGAGUUAAACCUCAAUAUUAAGGAACAAAAAGCCAAAAAUACCAAAUUAUCUAAAUCUCUUGAAAAAAUGAAAGAAGAGCUCGAAGUUGCCAUCCAGAUUGAAAGUAAGUAUGAUUCAGCAUCAAACGCUUCAGCAGAAGAGAAAGAACCGGAAAUUGAAGAAAAUCCAGACGUAAUGGCUUUGUGGAAGGAAGUUAAUUCACUUGAAGUGGACUUAGCUUCGGGUGUUACACCUAAAAUCAUCGAAGAACAGAAUAAUUUCAAGAAAUUUAUCACAAAACUCGACAGAAAGAAGAAACGCCUUGAAAAACAGAUAGAAGACACUGCAAAUAUGAGAAAUGACCUUCAGCGCGUUCAAGAAGAGUUAAUUUUGAGGCAUGAAAACGGAGAAAAAAUUGUUGACAACUUAACACAAGAAAUCAAUAAGAAGAAUGAAGAAAUCACAAAGUGGCUCGCAUUGACAACAUCUUUCAGGGCUUCUCGUGAAACUUCUUCACUUAUUUCUCAGAUGCGUCAAAAAUAUCAUUAA